AUGUCUUACCGCAACGAGUCCGACAGCUACGGCAGUGGCAACCAGAGCUCCGGCUACGGAGACAACAACUCCUCUAGCUACGGAAACAACGACUCUUCCAGCUACGGCAACAAGUCCAGCUCCAACCGUGACGAGGACAGCUAUGGCAGCAAGAACACCAGCUCCGGUUAUGGUGACAACGACUCCUCCAGCUACGGCAACAAGUCUAGCUCCAACCGUGAUGAGGACAGCUAUGGCAGCAGCAACAAGAAGUCUAGCUACGGCGACAACGACUCUUCCAGCUAUGGAAACAAGUCUAGCUCCAACCGCGACGAGGAUAGCUAUGGUAGCAAGAACACCAGCUCCUCCAGCUACGGCGAUAACGACUCUUCCAGCUACGGAAACAAGAACUCCAGCUCCAGCUACGGUGACAGCAACAACAACUCCUCCAGCUACGGCAACAAGUCUAGCUCCAACCGUGAUGAGGACAGCUACGGCAGCAGCAACAAGAGCUCCAGCUACGGAAACAAUGAUAACGACAACAACUCCUCCAGCUACGGCAACAAGUCCAGCUCCAACCGUGACGACGACAGCUACGGCAGCAGCAACAAGAAGUCCAGCUACGGCGACAACGACUCCUCCAGCUACGGCAACAAGUCUAGCUCCAACCGUGAUGAGGACAGCUAUGGCAGCAGCAACAAGAAGUCUAGCUACGGCGACAACGACUCUUCCAGCUACGGAAACAAGUCUAGCUCCAACCGUGACGAGGAUAACUAUGGUAGCAAGAACACCAGCUCCUCCAGCUACGGCGAUAACGACUCUUCCAGCUACGGAAACAAGAACUCCAGCUCCAGCUAUGGUGACAACAACAACUCCUCUAGCUACGGCAACAAGUCUAGCUCCAACCGUGAUGAGGACAGCUACGGCAGCAACAAGAGCUCUGGCUACGGCAACAAUGAUAACGACAACAACUCCUCCAGCUAUGGCAACAACUCUAGCUCCAACAGCUACGGUGGUAACAACGAUUCCAGCGAUAGCUUUGGUAGCAAGCUGCUGAACAAGGCUGAAGGUUCGUGA